AAUGUAAUAAGCUAUUCCUAGUUUAACAUCAGAAGUGAAAUAAAGAUUGGAAGAUUAAGGAUUCAAGCCUUUCAAAUAUAGACCAUUACCAGAAUAUGCCAAUCCCCAUUCACUUUAAUGUAUUUUCAAUAUUAAAUAGAUUGGUUGACUAAUGCUGGCUUAGGACUUAUUUGUCUUGUUGGAAGACAUUAUGCUACAUCCUAAUAAUCAAUUAGAAUAUUAUGGUCUGCAUCUGCUGUAUUCAUUCCUCUAUAUGCCAUUGCUACCAAUGCUAAACUUGAUGGAUUAAGAUAAAACAAUUUUUAUAGGUUUCCAUUUCACUUUUCAACUUUAGAAAAACUUUGGAUGAUAGACUUGAAUUGCAUCCAUUGACCAGAAGAGCUUGGGAAAGAGCCAAAUAAACUCAUAAAGAGUAUUAGGAUUAAUUGAGAGAAGAGAUUGCUACUUUAGAAGCAGAGUUAAGAAAAUGAAA